AUGGGGGCGCCGGGCUGUUACCAGGCGGAUCGGGCAGAUCUCAGCGCGGGGCUCGCCCGGUCCCGCCGAGACAAAGGGGACUGGUCAAAAGCGCGAGAGCCGCGGACACCGGGCAGAUUUGCCCCCCCGCCCCCGCUCGCCCCGGUGGCAGCUCCGGGCUCCGCCUGCCGCACCGGGCGGCCCCGCACCUGCCCGGGCCGGGGAAAGGGGGGGGGGGGGGCGGUGCCGCCCGCCGCCGGGGUCCCGCCCCCGCCGCUACCUGCCCGCUUGGCGGCGGGGCUCCGGCAGCGCCCGGUCCCCGCCCGGGCUGCCCUCGGGCCCUCCCCGCGUUACCGGCUCCCCCAGCGGCCACCGGGGCAGCGGACCCAGAGCAGCACCGGCCGGAGCCCGGGGAUGCCCGCGGCUGGGCUGCGCGGCUGCCCGCCCCGGGGUGCGUGUUUAACGGGCGUGCCGCCUCCUGCCCCGCUGCCUAACGCGCCCGGCCCGCGGCGCUCCCCGCCGCUCCUGCGCGGCUCCUGCGCGGCGGCGCUCCCGGGGGCGGGCUGCGCGCUGCAGCCGCCGCCGCCGCUCUCGCCCCGGGGGCUUCCGACGGCGCUUCCUUCCUGCCUGCCUGCCCGCUCGCCCUCCCCGCCUCUCCCCUCCCCUCCCCGCGGCGCCCGCUGCCGGGGACGCCGCUCCCGGCCGGCACUUUCUCAUGAUGUCAUCCCGCCCAGCGCCGCCGCCGCGUCGGCCCCGCUGACAAAGGGCAGUCGGCCCGCCCCGCCGGGAGCGCGCGCGGGUGCGCGGCCCCAUCCGCGGGUGCGCGCAUUCCUCGCGUGCCGCCGGCCGCCGUAA